AUGUACUCUCUACUUAAAGGCUUUUAUAAAUAUCUUGCACGUAAAGAGGAGUACUAUGUACUGCUUCUGGGGCUUGACAAAGCAGGGAAGACGACGCUCUUAGAACGAAUAAAAUCUAUAUUUCUUGGAAUUCUCGGCCUCCCACCCGACAGAAUUGCACCAACCGUUGGCCUGAACAUUGGUAGGAUAGAAGUUAACAAAGCUCGACUAAACUUUUGGGAUCUUGGUGGUCAACGUGAUUUGCAUAGUAUCUGGGAAAAGUAUUAUACGGAAUGCCAUGCAAUUGUAUUUGUAAUGGACGCAACUGCCAAAGAUCGAAUAGAAGAGUGUAAAGAAGUGUUUGAAAAGAUAAUAACAAAUGAUGGCGUCGAAGGAAUCCCAGUGUUGAUGUUGGCUAAUAAACAGGAUUACCCUAACGCUUUGAAAGUCGAAGACAUUAAAGAGAUUUUCAGUAAAAUUGCUUUAAGGCUUGGAGCAAGAGAUUCUAGAGUCUUGCCAAUAUCCGCAUUGCAAGGUGACGGGGUUCGUGAAGCUGUGGACUGGUUAUAUAUCAGAUUACAACGUAAUAAACAAAAUCGACCACCGAUAUUGAAAUGA